UGUAAGUGGCCUACGAACAAAGCUGAGAAUGUAGGUCGUAGCAACAGUCGAAUGCGUCCAUUGUGUGCAGUUUUGGAGAAACUCAAACUAGACCGACAUUGAAUAGACUUUUAACCAAUCUCACAUGCCUACUGACGCAAGGGGACUGCAUGUACAUACCUUCCCAGGAAAUGUGACCAUAAAGUCUCUGGAACUGUUCAUAAUGGCGACAUCUAAUGGAGAGCAAGAAGAUAUAAUUGAGGAAAUACUACGUCAAGCUCACCUAACAGAUGACGUUAUCCAAGAACUGUUGGAAGUGUAUGGUAAAUUCGACAAAGACGGAGAUGGCCUGGUGAAUCAUACAGAUAUGAAGGAGGUACUGGAGUCAUUUGGAGAAUCCCCGACUGAAGACAGAAUCAGAGAUCUCUUUGAAGAUGCCGACAGAAAUAAGGAUGGCAUGAUAGAUUUCGGAGAGUUCGUGGUGGCGUCAAUUCGGGGUCCAUGGGGCGUCGACGAGGAUUCGGGUCUUUUAGGGGCCAUGACACGGGUCAAUCAGCGACAUCAAGGGAAGGUAACUCUGGAGGACUUGUGCAGAACGUUAUUCCAUGCCGGCGAGAGAUUGGCGGCUCAGCAUGGUCUGCUGUCACCCCAGUCCAGCGUUGAAGCUGACGAAAACGACGGUCAAGAGAUGACAUCGUUGUGAACAUGACUUCCUGUUAGGCCAUUCUGCCAGGAAAAUGACAUCUCUGAUCUCGACCAUUGCUUGACACAGGCGGGGUUAUUUAAACGCCCCACUCUUUACGAAAAGGACGUCACAUUGGUGGUGUCGGAACAAAAAAACGAUUCACAUUGUGUCCAGAUUUCUUGGAUCAUUUUAUUCAUUUAUCAUUUCACGACAGUCGGAGUGUUUGUUCUAUGUCUUAAAUUUAUAUUUGCCUUC